AUGACUGGAGAAAGUCUCGACGGAAGCUUACAUGCACUAACUAUUGAGUUGGAUGCUUUAAGGCGCGAAAAUGCGAAUCUCAAACAGCAGCUGAAGGAGAAAGAUGGGGCUUGCGGCGAAUUACCGAUGUCGCUAGAAGAGUUCCAGAGGUAUGGGCGGCAAAUGAUCGUGGGAGAGACAGGCGGGCUAUCAGGUCAGGUUAAGCUUAGAAGUGCUCGUGUGCUCAUUGUUGGUGCUGGAGGUUUGGGAUGCCCCGCGCUACAGUAUCUUGCAGGCGCCGGCAUAGGUCAUCUGGGUAUUGUGGAUAAUGACGUUGUUGAGGAAUCAAAUCUACAUAGACAGCCCUUACAUGAUACAAGUAAGGUGGGCCUUCUCAAGUGCGAUUCGGCUAAGGAAGCCCUUUCCAGAUUGAACCCAUAUUGUAGUAUCAAAACGUACCCCGUCCGGCUGAGCUACGCCAAUGCUUUCGAGAUAUUUCCCUCGUGGGAUCUAAUCCUGGACUGCACUGAUUCUCCUAUGUCGCGCUAUUUAAUUUCUGAUGUCGCGGUAAACCUCGGUAAGACAGUGGUUUCGGGUUCUGGACUGGGCACGGAGGGUCAGUUGUCCAUUUACAAUUUUGAAAAUAAGGGCCCUUGCUACAGAUGUUUCUAUCCUAUUCCGCCUAGGCCCGGUUCAGUUGUUUCCUGUCAAUCAGGCGGAGUGCUUGGACCAUGUAUUGGAGUGCUGGGGAUCAUGAUGGCUGUUGAGGCGCUCAAAAUUUUAUUCGGUAUAUACACGCUCGAAAACUUCAAACCUUUCCUAAUGCAGUACUCUGGAUUCCCCUACCAGACAUUGCGCAUGUUCAAGAUGCGCAAUAGGAAGCAGGGCUGUUUAUGCUGCGGCGAUAACCCAACCAUUACCAAGUCGACGAUAGAAAGCGGCCAUAUUAAGUAUGAGGCCUUUUGCGGGGCCAUCAAUUAUGAUGUGUUAUCCAAGGAUGAGCGUCUAUCUGCAUCAGAGUUUGAGGCUAAUUAUUGGUCUCAAAAGGAACGAGGCUUUGUGUGCUUGGAUGUACGCCCUCGUUUACAUUAUGAAAUUUCUCAUCUACCGGGCACUUACAAUAUGACUGUCAAAGAGCUAGAUGAGAUGGAAGGUAGCAUUGAAGAGCUACAAAAACAUAUACCGGUCAUAACGCCCGAUCUAGAUAUAGUGGUACUCUGCCGUUAUGGGAACGACUCGCGCCUAGCAACCAGAAUAUUGAAGGAUAAGUUUAAGCUGAGGAAUGUCAGAGAUGUCAAGGGUGGAUAUUUCGCUUACAUUGAUGAGAUAAACCCCUCUUUGCCAAAGUAUUGA